AUGGCAAUUAUUAAAAAGUAUAGUAAACCAGAUCUUCUUAUAACUUUUACUUGCAACCCAAAACGGCGUGAAAUAACAGAAAAUUUAUAUCCGGGUCAGAAUGCGAAUGAUAGACUUGAUUUGGUUACUCGAGUAUUUAAACUCAAGUUAAAUAACCUCCUCAAUGAUAUAUUCAAACAUGGUGUAUUAGGCAAAGUUGUAACGCAUGUUCAGGUUAUUGAGUUUCAAAAGCGUGGUUUGCCGCAUGCCCACAUUUUACUUCAUUUAGCAAAUGAUGAUAAACUUGAAACAUCACAGGAUAUCGAUAAUUUGAUUUGUGCAGAAAUUCCAGAUCCGAUAGUUAAUUGUGAACUUUAUGAUAUUAUCAAAACUUGCAUGAUUCACGGCCCAUGUGGGAUACUGAAUCCAAGUUCUCCCUGCAUGAAAGAUGGGGUGUGCAGCAAAAAUUAUCCUAAAGAUUUUAAUGCAAACACAGUAGCUGUUCAUAAUGGUUAUCCGCGCUAUAGGCGUCGUGAUAAUGGGUUGGUUAUCAAUAUUAAAGGCAACAAUGUAGAUAACCGUUGGGUGGUACCUUAUAAUCCUUGGUUAUCAAAGAAAUAUCAAGCCCACAUUAAUGUUGAAGCUUGCAUGUCUGUAAAGGCUGUUAAAUAUUUGUACAAAUACAUAUACAAAGGGCAUGAUUGUGCGAAUGUUUUGAUAAAUGAACAGGUUAUUCACGAUGAAAUAAACCUUUUCUUAGAUUGUCGUUAUGUUAGUGCACCUGAGGCACUGUGGCGAAUAUUUGAGUAUCCCAUAAGUCAUAUGUCACACACUAUUAUCUGUCUUAAGGUUCAUCUUCCUGAGAAUCAGAUUGUGUAUUUUAGAGAAGGAGAAGAACAAGUGGCGUUGGAUCGUGCUGCUCAACGUGAUACACACCUUACGGCCUGGUUUAAAUUGAAAUCUGAAAAUGAAGGAACCCAUCGCUAUUCAUAUGUUGACAUUCCAUAUCAAUUUGUAUUUGAUGAUAAACAUUGUAAAUGGAAAGUUAGACAAAGAGGUGGAAAUAAGGUGAUAGUAAGAAUGUAUAAAGUUAGUCCAACAGGAGAAUUAUUUUUUCUUAGAUUGUUACUUUUGAAAGCAAAAGGUGCAUCAUCUUGGGAGGAUUUGCAUACUGUUAAUGGAAUAGUUCUUGAAACCUUUCGUGAAGCGUGUGUUUUUAAUGGUUUGUUGCAAGAUGACACUGAAUGGCAGAAUACUCUUUCUGAGGCAGUUUUAACGCGAAUGCGUAAGCAAAUCAGGCAGCUGUUUUCAAUUAUUUUAACCUUUUGUGAAUCUGAUGACCCUUUGCAUUUUUGGAACACAUACAAAGCUUUUAUGAUGGAGGAUUUCAUUCAUCGCCAAGUUUUAUUUAUAUUAGCUGAACGAGCUACUCUUCUUCAAAUCGAAAAGAUUAUUAUUCAAAGUGGUAAAACGCUAUCUGAUUAUAAUUUGCCUGUUGUUGAUGAAUUCAUAUAUUUUUACUUAAAAAAUUUAAAUGAUCAUGUUCAGCAAUCAAUUGACGAAGCUAAUAGAAUGAGACCGCUUCUUAAUGUCAAUCAAUUAAAUGUAAGUAAUGCUGUCCUUGCUGCAUUGAACGAGCAACCAAGUGAAGAAAAUCAACAUUCCAGAUUGUUUUUUAUGGAUGGACCAGCCGGUAGUGGCAAAACUUUUACAUAUAAUUAUUUGAUUGCUGAAAUGAGCAGUAGAUGUGUUAAAUCUGCUACAGCUGCCUGGACUGGCAUGGCAGCAACUCUUCUUACAAAUGGAUCUACGCUGCACGGUUUAUUUAAAAUUCCUGUCCCAAUACUGGAUAACAGCACAUGUAAUAUGACUCCUAACUCUAUUCAGGGACAAUUUUUAAGGCAAGUUAGUUUGUUUAUGCUUGACGAGACAUCCAUGAUUCCCAAACACGCUUUAAAUGCAAUCGAUCGGUUGUUAAAAGAUGUUUGCAACAACAACUUUCCAUUUGGAGGAAAAAUCAUUCUUUUUGGUGGUGACUUUAGGCAAAUUUUGCCUGUUGUGAAAAGAGGGAGACCAGCUGAAGUUGUAGAAUCAUGUAUAAAAUGUUCUUUACAGUGGCAAUGGGUGCAGAAGUUUACAUUAACUGAAAAUAUGAGAGUACGUGAUGGAGAAGGAGAUUUUUCCGAAUGGCUAGAAAACGAAUCAAUUGUUGAAAAAAUAUUUGGAGAUGCUCAACAAGAUGAUUAUGCUAAACGUGUCAUUAUAACACCCACUAAUGUGGAUUCAUUGUCAAUCAAUGAAGAAGUGCUUGUACGUCUACAUGGAGAGGUCAAAACUUAUUUAAGUGCUGAUCAAAUAGACACUGACGAUCUUAAUGAAAUAAAUAAUUUCCCUGUUGAGUUUUUGAACAGCUUAACUCCUUUAGGUAUGCCUACUCAUUGUUUAAAAUUGAAAAUUGAUUGUGUAACUAUGUUACUUAGAAAUUUAGAUCUUAAGGCUGGGCUAUGUAAUGGAACCCGAAUGAAAGUUUAUGCUCUCCAAAACAAUUAUAUUGAUGCAGAGGUUUUGACAGGUGUUUCUGAAGGUAAACGGGUAUUUGUUCCUCGAAUUCAGUUAGCUCCAUCAGAUUCUAAUUUACCUUUUGUUCUAAAACGUCGUCAGUUUCCUGUCAGAUUGGCUUAUUCAAUGACAAUCAAUAAAAGUCAAGGUCAAACAUUUGAUAGAGUUGGGGUAUAUCUAAAAAAACUGUGUUUCUCCCAUGGUCAACUAUACGUUGCAUGUUCAAGAACUAGAGCAUUUAAGGUAGUAGAGCACAAAAAAGACACUUUUCAUGAAAAAAUUUAA